AUGUCGGAUGUGUGGAAGUUCAAGAACGGGGUGAUGCGGAUUGUGGAGAUGGAGAACCUCGGUGGUUAUCGGCCCCAGCAGCUGCUGGAUGUGUGGGAGUUCAAGAACGGGGUGAAGCGGAUUGUGGAGAUGGAGAACCUCGGUGGUCGUCGGCUCCAGCAGCUGCUAGUCUACCUGCAAACUGAGGAGCUGAUAACCUCACACCAAAUGCUAGAGGAUAGGCUAAGGGAUGAGGUGUGGGUGCACUACCCCGAGAUGUCGACGCAACUCAUCCAGUAUCACAGGGGUCGCGAUGACAAAUACCUCAUCUCCUUCACCAGGGACUUCUCCAGUUUCUCUCUAAUAAUAUCAAUAUAA